GUGUCUGUUACAUCAAUCCAUUCAUGAAUUACUCCCAUUACCACUAUAAAAAAAACCAGUUAGAGACGACGACGUCGACGAAAUGCAAUGACGAGAAAGGGAGAGAGAGAUAUAUAAAGAGAGAAAGAAACCAGAAAGUGCGAGGAACGGGGAGAGUCACCAAGUUCUACGUAAGCAACUUAAAAAGUUAUUUAUUUAUCUGGGAUAAUGUUUGGAGUAUACAGACGAACUUUUCUCGUUGCUGAGGGGAUCGAAACUUUUUGGAAACUUCAUUUUACCUAUAUAUAAUUAUACCUGACAAUUAGCAAUACAUUUUAACAGUCGUAACUAGGAUACUGACAACCUGGAAGAACAAGUACUUUAUUUAAUUAAAGCUGUAACAUCGAGUAAUCAGGGCUAAAAGAGUCUCGAACGGCAAUCUGCUUUUUUUAAAUAUAUAUAAAUAUAUGUUGUUAAGUUGUUUAUAUAUUACAAAUACAUAUAAAACUGGUGCUGUAUUAUAACAAGCGGAAGGAAGUUUCCCGAAAAUUUGUCGCUUCUAAAACUCUUACAGACUUUAUAAUAAUCAGAUAACCAAAGCAGUCGCAGACUAAUUUGUCCCCGUGAUUUUAUAAAAUCAGACACACCCAGCUUAUUUGAAACAGCGCUUUCACCGCCACUACCACCACAAUGGUUUCAGCUCCAGGAACUUUGAAGACUGAAAGUCUUGGUAGUGCCCUUUAUUUGGACUAUGUGAGUAAGACUCAGUCAAAAUCAGGAGACACUUUCAAUUUCAUGACUGACAAUUCUAGUUCCCGCAUGAAUAACAGCGUAACAGAGGAAUCUGAUGAAGAUGGAGACAGCGAUGAUAACAACAAUGGAAUAUUGGAAAACUACAACACACCGGAUUUUCAGCAGAAAAUGGAGUAUGUGCUUCGUCUGGGUUAUACUGUUGACCAGUUCAAGACUGUGUGGAAGAAGUUAGGCCCCAAAAAGGAAAACGAUGUCUUAUUAGCUGAACUUUUGAAGCUUACAGAUGGUUUAUCAAUGAAGUCGGUGAAUGAUCCCCAUUCAGAAAUGGAGCAUAAUUCAAUCCCGAGCACAGAGUCUGCUGCAUCAGUGACUGAAAAGAGCAGUUUGUCAAAAGACACAAUUAACAAGAACCCAGAUGAUGGUGAUAAUCUGCGCAUGAUCGUCAUUGAUGGCAGCAAUGUUGCCAUGUUGCAUGGUAACAAGGAGGUGUUUUCUUGCAAAGGGAUUAAGUAUGCUGUUGAUUAUUUCAAAAAAAGAGGACAUAAGAAAAUUGUGGUUUUUGUGCCACAUUGGCGCAAAGAGGCUUCACGAAAAGAUGCACCAAUCAUUGAUCAAGAAAUUCUCACUGAACUGGAGAAGGAAAGAAUUUUGAUAUUCACCCCAGCUCGAAUGAUCAAAGGGAAAAGAGUGGCCUGCUAUGAUGACCGCUACAUUCUAAAAGUAGCUGAUGAGAAUAACGGCAUUGUUGUCUCCAAUGAUAAUUAUCGUGACCUGCUUAAUGAGAACAAUGGCUUCAAGAAGGUUGUAGAAGAACGCUUGCUCAUGUAUUCUUUUGUUGAAGACAAAUUCAUGCCACCUGAUGACCCACUUGGACGCCAUGGUCCUAGCUUGGACAAUUUUCUACGGAAGACACCAACUGCUCCAGAAACAUUACCACCAAACUGUCCAUAUGGCAAAAAGUGCACAUAUGGUAACAAAUGCAAGUUUUACCAUCCAGAACGUGGCAAUAUGCCACACAAGACUGUGACAGAGAAAUUAGCUGAACAAUACAAGCAGCAGGAGAAAGUUUUGGAAGCUGAGAAAAACAAGAUGCAGCUAAAAAGUAAGGGGAAAAGCCCUCUUUCAAGAAGUAGAUCACGAUAUGCUGACGGUGGGGAUGUACAACAAUUAUCUGUUGAAGAGCAGGAAGAGAAACAACGUCUAGCUAAAGAAUACAAUGAGAAACUGGAUAGAUCCAGGAGAGAGAUUACACGUUUCACUGAGCAGGCUGAAGCUAAAGAGAAAGUUGCUACAAACAAAAAGAUUUCAGAAGUUCAUUUGUCACAGCACUCACUUUCUAGCUUGGAUUCUGGUAACCAAGGUAACAAAGCAGUUCAUUUUGAAAUAUUCAACAGCUCGUCAUUGGACAAAUUUAAUAAGUCAACAAAACAUCAACAAGAAUUUUCAGCUUGUGAUCAUUCGGACGUAAACAGAGCACAUAGCCUUCCAGCUCAAAUUCAAAGUGAAAACUUUGUCUCCGGCCAUUUGCAAUUAGCCAAAAGCUUAUCUGGUGAGGAAAUUGAGGCAAAGAAAAAGACCCAAAACUCUCCACAGUCCAGUCCUCAACAUCCACCAUUGUGCCGACAGUCAUCAGUUUAUGUUGAUACAGAACAUAUCAAAGCAAACCCUGGUAUGACACACAAAUUUCCAACAUCUCACCAGUUUGUCCAGGACAUGUUACCUAAUCUCUUUCAAAAUCACCAAGGAGACUGCAUUUUCAUACCUGAUACAAUGUCACCAUCUUACUCCUACCCUGGCUGUGAAAGCUUUAGUUUCCCUUCUACAUCAUACCCCUAUGGAGUAUCAGACAAGAUAAUUCUUGGCCAAGCCUUCACACCAAGUGUUACUCGACAGAUUAGUCUGCCAAACACUCGGGGACAAGAGCGUUACUCACCUUCAUAUCAAGUUCAAGGACCCGACAAAGGACAGAAAGGGUUUUACGAGACAAUUCCAAGCUCCACAAGCUGUUUGUCUCCAGUGUAUUCAUGCCCAGUGACAAGCAAUAACAAUGUAUCAUUCCCACCAUUUAUAAUGACACAACAGAUGAAAAUGCUGCCUCCUGCCAGACGUUUUUACCCACCUUCAUGUUACCCCCCCACUCAACAACAAAGCUUACCACCACAACAACACAUGCAACAGCAACAACAAAAUCCUGUAAUGCCCCCUGUGAUGUCUACAGCUUCAUGGCCGCUUGAUAACACAAGCUACUCUGAUAUGUUGGUUCAUCCACCUAUGGGCCAAAUUCAUCCCAGGUACAGCAAAUGAGUAUCUAAUAUAACAUCAGUCAGUUAAAUUCCUAAGGAUUCUAACUGCUAAAAAUAAUGAAUUGUAAAUUCACAUAACUUGCUCAAGCUUCCAUAAUGUAUACACUGUCCAGUUCUGGAAUUAAAAUUGUAGCCAAUUCUUUUGGCAAAUCUCUUUUUAUAUGAUACUGACUGUAAAUGUUUUCUUACUGUGUGGAAUUUUUAUAUUUCUUUUUCAAUCCCUGUUUUGAACAAUUUGUUACAUUGUGAACACUUUUACUUUGAUGAACAAGCAUGUUAUUAGUAUGUGCCGCAAGGAUGUAUAAAUAUAAGUGUUUACAUGUAAACGCACUCUCUCACAGACAUAAUUUUUUGAUAAGAUUAGACCAUCAACUGUGAAGGCCAAAUCUUACAUUAUUUGUGAGUAUUAUAUAUGUAUUUCGUUUCCAUUGCUCAUUUAAUUUGAGGACCACAUAUCAGAGUGUAUUAGAGAACAGUAGUUGAGAGUUUAUAAGAAGCAAUGUAGAAAACUUUGCUUGGUUUUCAGAAUUAUCUUUUAUCUUUUACUUGUUUCAGUCAUUGGACUGCAGCCAUGCUGGGGCACUGCCUUGAAGAAUUUUUUAGUCAAAUAAAUUCACCCCAGUUCGUA